AUCGCACCUCUAAUGGCUCCCAUUCAACUCCUCGGUCCACCUGAGAUCGACCGUGCAAAGCUUUCAUCCGUCGCCGAUCACGGCGGCGAAACCAACACUCCACCCGUCGAUACCCAUGGCUCCGAUUCAUCUACCAAACCCCAGGGGGUUCAGCCCGACCCGAACCCUUUGAUGGGCUUCACCGAGAAUGGCUCUGCCACGUUCCUCUCCACCGGAAACCCAUGCUUGGACUUUUUCUUCCACGUGGUUCCGAACACGCCGCCGCAGGAAUUGAUCGGGCGGGUCGAUGUGGCGUGGGCCCACAAUCCCUUGACCACUCUGAAGCUGAUCUGUAACCUCAGGGGAGUGAGGGGGACCGGCAAGUCUGACAAGGAAGGGUUUUAUUUGGCGGCGCUUUGGCUCCACUACAACCACCCCAAAACUCUCGCUGGUAAUCUCAAGGCCCUUGCUGAAUUUGGGUAUUUUAAAGAUUUUCUUGAAAUUCUGUAUAGGAUUUUGGAAGGACCCUAUGUGAGGAAAUUUGAGAAGGAGCAGAGGGAGAAUUCGAGCCGGAGACGGAGGAGGUCUCUUCGUGGACGCCGGAGAUUCUUUUACUCGGAUGACGAUGAUGAGAAUGAUGAUGAAGUUUAUAGUGAUGGAGUUUAUGGUAGUGAAGAGAAUGAUGAUGAUGAGAAUCAUGAUGAGGGAAAUGAGGAGGAGGAGGAGAAAAUCAAGAAGGAUUCGGACGAAUUGAUGUCUGAGAAGGAUGAAAUCAAGAAGGAUUCGGAGGAAUUGAUGGCUGAGAAGGAUGAAAUGGAGAAGGAUUGGGAGGAGGAAAAGGAUCAAAUGGAGAAGGAUUGGGAGGAGGAAUUGUUGGCUGAGGCUGAGAAGGAGAAAAUCAAGAAGAAUUUGGAGAAAUUGAAGCCUAAGAAGGAGAAAAUCAAGAAAACUCCGGAGGAAUUGAUGGCUUUGAAGGAGAAAGCAAGGGCUGAGAAGGAGAAAGCAAGGGUUUUAAGAAAGCAGAGAGAGCUAAACAAGGCAGUAAAGGGUUUACAAACAUACAUUACUGAUGAAAAAUACAGGUUACUACAUGACAAAAUUUCCGAUCUUUUUGCAGAAAUGCUAGAGGCUGAUCUUGAGAAAUUGAAGUCAGGGAAUCUUGGAGACAUCAGCUUGGCUGCAAAAUGGUGCCCCACCAUUGCUUCAUCAUACGAUAAGACCACCUUAAUUUGUGAGAGCAUUGCAAGAAAGUUGUUCCCUAGGGAUAAGUACACAGAAUAUGAGGGCUUAAAGGAGGCACAUUAUGUUUAUAAGGUGAGGGACAGACUGAGAAAACAAGUUCUUGUGCCUUUGCACAAGGCAUUGGAGUUGCCCGAGGUGUAUAUGAGUGCCAAACAAUGGAACGUGCUGCCUUACAAGCGAGUGGCCUCGGUUGCAAUGAAGAACUACACGAAGAAGUUUGCGAAGCACGAUAACGAAAGGUUUAGGGAGUACCUUAGGAAGGUGAAUACCGGGGAGGCAAAGAUUGCAGCCGGGGCAUUGCUUCCCCAUGAGAUCAUAAAAUCAUUGCAACGUGCAGACCCGGAGGAGGCAGAAGUUGCAGAGGUUGCCGAGCUGCAGUGGAAAAGAAUAGUGGAUGAUCUUGCGAAGAAGGGGAAGUUGAGUAAUUGCAUUGCUAUAUGUGAUGUGUCUGGGAGUAUGUUCGGAAUACCUAUGGAAGUCUGUGUGGCAUUAGGAAUCUUAGUUUCUGAAUUAAGCGAAGAACCAUGGAAGGGAAGCGUGAUCACUUUCAGUGCAGAUCCUCAGCUUCAUAAAAUCGAGGGCGAAACCCUGCAGGAAAAGACUGAAUUUGUCAAAACAAUGGACUGCGGUAUGAACACAAAUUUCCAGAAAGCGUUCGAUAGGAUCUUGGAGAUUGCAGUGGAGGGGAAUCUGAGCGAGGAACAAAUGAUUAGGAGGGUGUUUGUUUUUAGUGACAUGGAGUUCGACCAGGUUAGGAGGGUGUUUGAUUAUAAUGACAUGUUUUUAGUGACACGGAGUUCACAAAAUUCUUGGGAGACUGAUUAUGAAGUGAUACAGAGGAAAUUCAGGGAGAAGGGCUUCAAGAAUGUUCCAGAAGUUGUGUUCUGGAACCUCAGAGCUUCACAGUCCACUCCUGUUUUGGCCAACCAGAGUGGUGUGGCAUUGGUGAGUGGGUUCUCCAAGAAUCUGCUGACCAUCUUCUUGGAAAAUGGUGGCAUUGUGAACCCUGAGGAAGUCAUGGAGCUUGCCAUUUCUGGGGAAGAGUAUAAGAAGCUUGCUGUUCUUGACUGAUUUUGUAGUGUUCUUGCUUUAGGUUUCAAUGGUAUCACCAGGUUCUUUAUUGUAUGUUCAGCAUUUCACUGCUGAUAAUUGAGUCUUUCUUGAGUUUCACCCUUCCCAUUUUCUUGUGAAGGAUCUCGAUACCAAGGAAGUAUUGUUCUGGUGGUC